CCUCCCUACACUCACAACACACAAUGCCCCGUUUCUUGCACCUGCUCAUGCGCCCAGCGCUUUAGCUCGGGCGUCGCUGGCAGUGAGCACGCUCCCGAUCACAGCGGUUGGGCACCCAGGUCCUCAAGCCUGCGCGGGCAGGCAGCGCUGCAGCAGGUGGUGGCACAGCUCUGCCGCCGCCAGCGGGAUGAGCCCCCAGCCCCCAGACAGGAUCACGCCGCUCUUCCUUCGGGGGCGCCCAAGAGGGGGGCGUCCAGGAGGGGGGUUCGCAAAUCAUGGUCCGAGGCACGUGCGCGGCCCGAGGGGGGGGGAGUCAGGGGACACACUGAAAUAAGGAGCGCCAUGAAAUCUGGAAAGAUACCAUGGCUCCAGCACUGGCCAUGUCAUCUCCCUUUUCUCAGCCAUCACCCCUCUCUUGGCCGCCACCGAUUCCUGUACGAGAUCAUGACCUACGCCACGAAAAUAUACACAAACACCCUAUGACUUCAAGGGAGGGUGGCGGUGUAUGAAACCGCUGGCUCUCAGUGGUGAUUGAUACACCGCCAUCCUCACCAUGAGACCCAUAAACAAUCCACUGGAGAGUGUCUGUGUAUAUAUCGGAGAACGUAAGAUUCGGGUUCUGGGGACUCGGGUUCGUCGGACCAGACCUUCGUGAAAAUGACGAGACCGAGCCUGAAAUUUGACGCGAGCUCCCGCCACGAACAUCCCACGACAACUGGACUGUGAAAUUCCAGGGCGCGCUCGUCAAAAAGCGUCGGCAAGCUCGAGUUCCAGCGGACUCGAGUCUUACGUUUCCCCGAAUAUACAUUGUGGCGGAUGACAAGAUAAACGACGAAGAUGCCCAUCAAGAGCACGUCCAACAUCGCCAACCGCCCCAGCACGCGGGACAACCGGAGCGGCGCGCCGCCGGGCGGCGCGGACGCCAGGUGCGAGAGCACGGCCACGUCGCCCACGGUGGCGGCGACGAAGACCGCGAGCAUGACAAAGGCCACCGCGCUGUUGACCUCGCCGCGGCAGGCCGAGAGGAGCAGCGCCUGAAUGUAUGUCUCGCCAUCACUCGGACAUGCAUGUCCAGUGCAUUUGUCGGUUUCCUGGGCUUUUGUCGCAAGGUGAUCCAAGAUGGUCCUCGCCGAGAACAAGAUGCACACGUCCGAGCGAUGCCGAGUAUUGAAGGAAUGUAUCCUCGGGGGGAUUUCGAGAACCCGGCUUCGUGCGUCUGCUCUGCUGCGGCAAACGACGCCAUCCUCUGGACGACCUCUCUGCCCACCACUGCGACAAAUUCUGAAGGUCCAGGCUAAAGUAGGCUUGAAGAUCGGAAGCCUGGAUGCACAUCCACAGGCUGGCGUCCGCGUACGCCGCCUCCGGCAGGUGUAGAGAGUUCACCAAGGGUUUCAGCGCGGGGGGGAUGUGCAGCAGCUCCAGGUCCUAUGAUGGGCAAGGGCGAUGCCACGAUGGGACUGGCUCGAGACACGCUCCGGGAGCUCCAGGGCAUCCACUGGCGGCCCUAACUUCUGGAGCACGCGCGGAAACCAGGAAAUGGGUUGAACCUGGAACUCUUGGAACGCAUCAUCAGAUAAUUUUCUGACCUGGGUCAUCCGGUGGCGGGGGCGGGGAGGGAGGUGACAGCCGAUAACACAACCUUUUUGCUUUGGGCAGCCCCACGUGUGCCCACGCGCACCAGUACUGCGUGGUUGCCACCUUCGGAUCCGCGCAACCCACACGGUCAAAGCAUCCUGGGGGAGGGGGGGGGCGGGCGGGCCCGAUCACCCGGGUGCUCGGUAGACCCUUAAACGAAAAGGGCUCCAUGACAGUGACUUCUGGCCCCUCUUGAGGUCCAGCCGCAGCGACAUGCAGGGCGCGAAGAGCCCCACGCAGAGCGAGGCGGCAAAAGCGCCCGCGAGGACCUUCGCCCUCUGCCCCGCCUCCAUGCCCAGAAGAAGGGACAACUACACAAGGGAGCCGCCUCUCCGGCUGCGCCGCCUCGCCCCCUCCCGAGCUGCCGCUGCUGCUGCUGCUGCACUGCUCGUCCCGCCCGCGCAGCAUCGCGUCGCCGGCCUCCUCCACGGCGCCCCUGGCGGUGCUGGUGCUCGGGGGCUCGAUGCCCAGGGACCUAUCGUCGUCCCCAGGCAGAACAUGCAGAAGCAGGUGAACCCUACGUCCAGCCUCCCGGCGCUGACCAUGUGCUGGCCGUCGCCGCCCAUGCCUCGCACGAGAUACAUGAGCAAGAUCCACGCGAACAUGUCCGGGCAAGACCACUUCGCGGCGGCCUGCACCGUCCUGAUGCAAGUCGCGGCCUGCUUCAGCCGCUGCGGGGAGUCAGAGUACCGCCAACGCUCCCCGAGCCCGAGGAGGACGAGCUUGAUCAUCGGCACCACCAUUGCGUACAGUACGAGGACGACCACGCCUGGCCAGCACCCGCUCGACGCCAUUGAGAACACGAACGAGAUCAGCGUCUCGGUGCGCUCCCGCAGCGGCUUGACGAUGCCUGCGGACGGGACCACGGAGAUGCUUCGGAGGAGGCUCAGCAGGGUGCAGACCAGCCCGGGCACCAGCAGCGCGUAGCUGGCGCCCAACAGGAAGGUCGACCUGAGGGGGGCCGGCCAGGCUGCUCGCCGGGCCGCCGCGGCGGUCGCCUGGCGUCCAGGGCAGCCCCCAGGCUGGUGGCGCUCGCGACGCCGACGCCGAUGAUAACAGCUGCGGCCAGGUUGAUGACGAGCUCGUCGUUCCCGCCGAGGUGCAGCUGGUGGUGGUGGGCGUUGCCCAUCGCGCGCUCUCGCGCGCUGCCCCGAGCGGGACUGGAGCUAGCAGAUCU